UUGGAGGGAAAAUUCCCCCAAAAAGAAAUACUCAAUUCAUCGCUCUCUUAAUCACUUCUCAACUUCUCAAUCUCUUCAGUAAUACCUUAGGGUUUUCCGAUUUCCGAAAGCUUCGAAAAAUGUUCUCCAGCAGCCAAUUCGAGCCUAACUCGGCCUUCUCCGGCGGCGGAUUCAUGUCUUCUCAGCCUUCUCAGGCCUACGAAUCCUCUUCCUCCACCGCUAAGAAUCGUGAGUUUCAAGGUCUUGUUCCAGUGACGGUGAAGCAAAUCACUGAAUGUUUUCAAUCCGGUGGUGAGAAAUCUGGUCUCGUCAUCAAUGGGAUCUCACUUACAAACGUCUCACUUGUUGGUCUAGUGUGUGACAAAGAUGAUUCAAAAGUCACAGAAGUUAGAUUUACUCUUGAUGAUGGUACAGGACGAAUUGACUGUAAAAGAUGGGUGAAUGAAUCUUUUGACGCUAGAGAAAUGGAGUCUGUGCGUGAUGGAACUUAUGUGCGUCUCAAUGGUCAUCUGAAGACUUUUCAGGGGAAAACUCAGCUUCUUGUUUUCUCUGUCAGGCCUAUAAUGGACUUUAAUGAGGUUACGUUUCACUACAUUGAGUGUAUACACUUCUACUCCCAGAACUCUGAAUCACAGGGACAACAAGCUGGUGAUGUUACUCAGUCGGUUAACACUACGUUUCAAGGUGGAUCUAACACAAACCAGGCAGCACCAUUGAACCCUGUGGUGUCCUCUCAAAACGAUGGGAAUGGUCGCAAGAACUUGGAUGACAUGAUUCUAGACUAUCUAAAGCAACCUGCUUGCACAGCAAGACAACAGGGUAUACACAUUGAUGAAAUUGCUCAGCAAUUGAAGAUCCCAAAGAACAAGCUAGAGGGCGUUAUCCAAUCACUGGAAGGAGAUGGUCUGAUAUACUCGACAAUCGAUGAGUAUCACUUCAAGCACGUCGAGCUCUGAUCUUAUCUAAAAGUCAUCUAGAGUUUGGUUAAUCCGUAGAUAAAGAGUCAUUAUUAGUGUCUGGUGAUUUGAGAGAUGUUUUCAAUAUCUAGAACCUAGGAUCACGUCUAGUUCAAUUCUGAAACUCUGGUAUUGUUGGAUUGUUUCCUUGUUUCCUUCAAUUUGGUAAACCGACAUCAAAAAGUUCGAAGUUGCUUAUUUUUAUCUGAAACAAAAUGUGUGUUUAAGUCAAUGGUGUGUGAUGAGACAUAUGUUGCAGACUGAAUCAAACUUGUAGAGAGAUUUCUUUUUGUUAUGAGUUAUUACAAUUGAUUACGGUUU